AUGGUGUUUAUUCAAAUUACUAACCCAAGGGCUUUCUGUUGCGGAAGGAUCCGUAUUUUGAGGUUGAAGUGUCUGAAAACACUUGAUGUGUCUGGAUGCUCGAAACUUAAAAAUUUACCAGAUGACUUGGGACUUUUAGUUGGUUUAGAGGACCUCCAUUGCACUGGCACAACCAUCCGAACAAUUCCGUCCUGUAUUUCUCUUCUAAAAAACCUUAAGCACUUAUCUCUCCGUGGAUGUAAUGCUUUGGGCUCACAAGUAAGUAGCUUAAACCAUGGCCAGAAGUCUAUGAGUGUAAAUUUUCAUAAUUUAUCGGGUCUUUGUUCAUUGACCAUGCUGGAUCUUAGUGACUGCAACAUUUCGGACGGAGGCAUUUUAUCUAAUCUUGGGUUCUUACCGUCCUUGGAGGGAUUGAAUCUCGAUGGAGGCUUGAGAGUUUUCCUGAACUUCCUCCAAGUAUACAAGAGCUAUAUGCUUAUGAAUGCACAUCUUUGGAGUGCAUUGAUCAAGUAACCAACAUCCAAUACUGCAUGU